GGUUUAAAGCGCCGGGCUGCGGGACCCGACUCACUCGCGCUCCCGCCGCCUCCGCACCCAGCCAUGGAGCGGCCGCCGCUGAGCGUCCUGCUCCUCGGCGCCGCCGGGUUGCUGCUCCUGCUCCUGCCCCUCUCCUCUUCCUCCUCUUCGGACGCCUGCGGCCCCUGCGAGCCGGCCGCCUGCCCGCCCCUGCCCCCGCGGGGCUGCCAGCUGGGCGAGACCCGCGACGCGUGCGGCUGCUGCCCGGUGUGCGCCCGCGGCGAGGGCGAGCCGUGCGGGGGCGGCGGCGCCGGCAGGGGGCACUGCGCGCCGGGCAUGGAGUGCGUGAAGAGCCGCAAGAGGCGGAAGGGUAAAGCCGGGGCAGCAGCCGGCGGCCCGGGGGUGAGCGGCGUGUGCGUGUGCAAGAGCCGCUACCCGGUGUGCGGCAGCGACGACGUCACCUACCCCAGCGGGUGCCAGCUGCGCGCCGCCAGCCUGAGGGCCGAGAGCCGCGGGGAGAAGGCCAUCAGCCAGGUCAGCAAGGGCACCUGCGAGCAAGGUCCUUCCAUUGUGACACCCCCCAAGGACAUCCGGAAUGUCACUGGCGCCCAGGUGUACUUGAGCUGUGAGGUCAUCGGAAUCCCAACCCCUGUCCUCAUCUGGAACAAGGUAAAAAGGGGUAACUAUGGAGUUCAAAGGACAGAACUCUUGCCUGGUGACCGGGACAACCUGGCUAUUCAGACCCGGGGUGGCCCAGAAAAGCAUGAAGUCACUGGCUGGGUGCUGGUAUCUCCUCUCAGUAAGGAAGAUGCUGGAGAAUAUGAGUGCCAUGCAUCCAAUUCUCAAGGACAGGCUUCAGCAUCGGCAAAAAUAACAGUGUUUGAUCCCUCACAAUGAAAUACCAGUGGAAAAAGGUGAAGGUGCUGACUUAUAAACCUGCAAAAUAUACCCGUCUGCAUCACUGAAAGUCCUGGAUAACUACAGCCCUGUUCUUGCCUAAU